AUGGUGAUGCUGGCUGGUGUGAGCCCCAUCCUGCUCCUGCUGGUGCUGCUGCUGUGCCGGGUGGCCCCCAGCGGGCAGGAGCCAGCCCCAGCACAGCUGCGGCUGGUGGGGCCGUGGGGGCCGGCUGGCGGGGGCCGGCUGGAGGUGCUGUACCAAGGGCGCUGGGGCACGGUCUGCGACGAUGGCUUCGACUUCCACGCGGCCACUGUUGCCUGCCGGCAGCUGGGCUACACUGCAGCUGUCACCUGGACCCAUAGUGCCACCUACGGCCAAGGGGAAGGCCCCAUCUGGCUGGACAACGUGCGGUGUGGGGGCAGCGAGGGCUCCCUGGCAGAGUGCAUCCACAACGGCUGGGGUACCAGCGACUGCCACCACGGUGAGGACGCUGGCGUGGUGUGCUCAGGACAGCGCCUGCCCAGCACCCCCCCAGAGGCCACCACCUCUGCUCACCUGGGAGAGGUGCCGGGGCUGAGCCUGGAGGAGGUGAGGCUGAAGCCCAUCCUGGCGCGGGCCAAGCUGAGCAUGCCGGUGAUGGAGGGUGCCGUAGAGGUGAAGCACAAUGGGCGCUGGAGGCAGGUGUGCGAUGCCGGCUGGACCAGGAACAACAGCCGCGUGGUCUGCGGGAUGCUGGGCUUCCCCCGGGAGAAACACGUCAACACCAGCUUCUACCGGAAGCUCUGGAACAUGAAGCUGAAGGACCCCAACUCCAGCCUGAAGACCCUCAGCCAGAAGAACAGCUUCUGGGUCCACAGGGUGCGGUGCCAGGGCACGGAGCCCCACCUGGCCCGCUGCCCCACACAGGUGGCCCCGCCAGCCCCCCGCCAGCACGCCUGCCCCCGCGGCAUGCACGCCAUCAUCAGCUGUCUCCCCGGCCCUGCCUUCCAGAAGGGCACGGGCAAGGGCAGGAACAAGACCUCCCAGGGAAAGGUCCUCCCAGUGCGGCUGCGAGCAGGCACCCACGCUGGCGAGGGCCGGGUGGAGGUGCUGCGCCACGGGCAGUGGGGCACCGUGUGUGACAAGCAGUGGGACCUGGCUGCGGCCAGUGUGGUGUGCAGGCAGCUGGGCUACGGGACGGCGAAGCAGGCCCUGGUGGGAGCGCAGAUGGGCCAAGGCCUGGGACCCAUCCACAUGAGCAAGGUGCAGUGCACCGGCCACGAGCGCUCCCUGGGCGAGUGCCGCUUCCAGGAUGCCGAGCAGAGCGGGUGCCGGCACGAGGCCGAUGCCGCUGUCCGCUGCCACGUGCCCCACAUGGACUUCCAGAGCCAGGUGCGGCUAGCUGGGGGCCGCAGCCCCGAGGAGGGUGUGGUGGAGGUGCUGGUGCCAGUGCAGGGGCGGCUGCAGUGGGGCGCGGUGUGUGGUGCACAGUGGGGGCUGAAUGAGGCCAUGGUCGUCUGCCGGCAGCUGGGGCUGGGCUUUGCCAGCCAUGCCCUCCAGGAGACAUGGUACUGGGCAGGCAGCCCCGAUGCUGCCCAGGUGGUGAUGAGCGGGGUGCGCUGCACCGGCACCGAGCUGGCCCUCCAGCAGUGCCAGCGCCACGGCCCUGUCCACUGCCCCAGCGGCGGGGGACGCUUCUCGGCGGGGGUCACCUGCACUGCCCAUGCCCCGGACCUGGUGAUGAAUGCCCAGCUGGUGCAGGAGACAGCCUACCUGGAGGACCGGCCACUGGAGCUGCUGUACUGCGCCCACGAGGAGCGCUGCCUCUCCCGCUCCGCUGACCACAUGCACUGGCCCUAUGGCCACCGCCGCCUCCUCCGCUUCUCCUCGCAGAUCCACAACCUGGGCAGAGCCGACUUCCGACCCAAGAUGGGGCGCCACGCCUGGACCUGGCACCAGUGUCACCGGCACUUCCACAGCAUCGAGGUCUUUACCCACUACGACCUGCUGACGCUCAAUGGCUCCAAGGUGGCCGAAGGGCACAAGGCCAGCUUUUGCCUGGAGGACACCAACUGCCCUGAGGGGCUGCAGCGACGCUUCGCCUGCGCCAACUUUGGGGAGCAGGGGGUGAGUGUGGGGUGCUGGGACACCUACCGCCAUGACAUCGACUGCCAGUGGAUCGACAUCACCGACGUACCGCCGGGCAGCUACACCUUCCAGGUGGUUGUGAACCCCAAGCAUGAGGUGGCUGAGUCAGACUUCUCCAACAACGUGAUGCAGUGCCAGUGCAAGUACGACGGGCAGCGCGUCUGGAUGCACGGCUGCCACACAAGCGAUGCCUACGGUGCCGAUGUGGUAAGCGAUCUGGAGCGACGGGAGCGGCUGGCCAACAACCUUGUAUGA